GUUUUAGGUUACACUCCGGAUUUUGUCUCCACUGCCAUGGCUCCCUAUAUAAACGAUAUUCACAGGAAAGGUGUUCGUGUUGUCAGUAAUGCUGGUGGAAUUAAUCCACUUGCUUGUGCAGCUGCCCUUCAGGAGGUGGCAAAGAAAGCAGAUGUUGAUUUGAAAAUAGCUGUUGUUGCUGGAGAUGAUCUGAUGAGUGAGAAAGAGAACUUAAAAGGAGCUGGUAUCACCGAUGUAGAGAGUGGCAAAGAAUUUCCAGAGAAUAUUCACAGCAUGAAUGUGUAUCUUGGAGCCAGACCAAUAAGCAGAGCUCUAGACCUUGGAGCUGAUAUUGUUGUGACAGGCAGAUGUGUCGACAGCGGGAUUGUAUUGGGACCACUCAUUCACUCUUUUGGCUGGAAUAGGGAUGACUAUGACUUGCUAGCUGCAGGAAGCCUUGCAGGUCAUCUCAUUGAAUGUGGUGCUCAGUGUACAGGUGGAAUAUUCACUGAUUGGCACACAGUACCAGACUGGCACAACAUAGGCUUUCCCAUUGUAGAAUGUUCCUCUGAAGGAGACUUCAUUCUUUCCAAACCACCAGACACUGGGGGACUCAUUUCUUUUGGCACUGUAGCUGAGCAGCUGGUGUAUGAGUUGGGCAAUCCUCGGCGCUAUCUUUUACCAGAUGUUACAUGUGACUUUUCCCAGGUUUCCAUCACUGAAAUUCCAGGUUUUGAUGGUGGAGCAGUGAAAGUUUGUGGAGCAAAAGGAUUGCCUCCUUCAACAUUUUAUAAGGUCAAUGCCACUUAUCUUGAUGGCUUCAGAGCUACUGCUGUGUGUCCAGUGGGAGGCCCAAAGGCAGUUCAAAAAGCAAAACGCACUGCAGAAGCUAUUCUGCAAAGGACUCGUCUUAUUUUCAGUCAGCUUGGGUAUGAAGAUUACAGUGCAGUUAACAUACAGGUUUUAGGGUCUGAAGAUACAUAUGGACCUCAUGCUAGAAGGAGUAUAGAAGGUCAGGGACCUCGGGAAGCUGUUAUUUGGCUUGCUGUACACCAUAAACAAAGAGAAGCUGUAGAAAUCUUCUCCAAAGAGAUUGCACCAGCUGGAACUGGCAUGGCCCCUGGCCUCACUGCAAUUGUUGGAGGGCGCCCCAGAGUGUCUCCAGUUUUGAAGCCAUUUUUCUUCUAUUAUCCCAAAAGCAAUGUUCAGAUCAACCUAUUUUUAAAUGGGCAGCAUGUUGAGAUAUUUGAGGAGGAUCUCACGUUUACAUCAGAUGAGGUGGUUUCAUUUGAUCCACCUAAGAUUAGCAGUGAAUUGAAAGAUCUGCCAAGUGGUCCACACACUUACCGCUUAGAAGAUCUUGCCUAUACUAGAAGUGGAGAUAAAGGCAAUUCUGCAAACAUAGGUGUGAUAGCACGGCAUCCCCUCUACUAUCCAUACUUAAAGAAAACUUUAACUGCUCAGGCCCUGCAGAAUUACUUUCAACACCUUUUAGAGCAUGAGAAACCAGAAGAAGAGCUAGUAACAAGAUAUGAGUUACCAGGAAUCCAUGGAUUAAAUUUUGUUCUGAAGAAUUCUCUUGGUGGUGGUGGUAUAGCAUCCCUAAGAAGUGACCCUCAGGGUAAAGCACUUGGACAAAUGCUGUUGGAUUUCCAGAUUAAAAAUGUUCCUGAUUUAAAAUCACUGAUAGAAUAACAAGUGUUUAAUAUAUAUGCUUUUAACACUAAGUGGUAUAAAAGCAUAUUAUGAACAAGAACUGGCUUCUUGAAUGAGAAUUUUUUUUAAGGUUAAAAAGUAGAAAUUUGACAGUUAUUUCUCACAGGUUUAGCUAUAUGGCACAGAUUGGCAAAUGUUUUGAGUAAUACCAGACUAAUAGCUUUGUCUGUGUCUGAUAACAUUUCCUGUCUAGAUAAUACAGUGGAUGAAGAAUCAGUUUAUUUCCUGAAAAAUAGAAUUAAUCAAAUUGCAACAUAACAUUUAAUUACAAGGCAAGAUAAUCUUUACUUCAAGAUGGAAAUUACCUCCUGUUCCGUCCAUCUCUCUUUUCCUUCUCUCGUCCUUUAUUUGGAAACCACUGGGACUGCUGUCCUGUCAGCUGUGUGUGUGUCCUGUGCAGUGAGUGAGGCUGGGUAGCCUGCUCUGCACGGCUGGGAAGGCAGCACUGUCUGGUACUGGGGAACAGUUCUCCCUGCUGGGCAAUAAAGAAAAGUAAUAAUUGGUACUGUUAUACAGUGACUGGUCAUAAAUGCUGACCUUUGGUGGUGAUCCACCAAACUUCCAGCACUUUGUCUGGUUAAUGACAGACUUUUUUAUUGCAUUUUCCAAUAUCUUUUACUAAUUAAUCCUUCAGUUGAAAGCACUGAGUAGUAGUAAAUUGCAGAUCUUAAUUUGGUAAUAAAUUUGAAGAUGAGGAAAGGAGAGUCUGCCUGCUCACUCCUUCUUGUGGUGGUGUAAUCCUGGCAGGGGUGAAGCAGGGCUGGGUGGUUUUGUUCCAGGGCUAUUAAAUCCUUGAUUUGUGCAGCAGAGUAAUGCCUGGAUUAAGUUUAUUUGACUGUCAUUUGCAUUGCCCUUCCCACAAAAAGGUGUCUUCUGCUGUGAAGAAAAACUAUGUUAAAUGCAUUUAACAUAGUUAAAUGUAUGUACUCUGUCUUUAUUCUGACUCCCAGUUAUCACCUCUCCAUCUCCCUUCCUGCACAAUAUGAUUAGCAUGUUCAAAUUGGGAUACUUCUGAAAUUCUUCAUCUCAUUAAGAAAAGAUUUAAAAAUCUGUAUCAAAUUUCCUGGGACAAUAGCACGGUGGAAAUUCUGAUAAAUGUAUUUUCUCUGCAGAAGCUGUAAAAAUACUACUCCAUGUGUUCAGGCAUUUUAUAUUCAGAAAUUAAUCUGUUUAUUUUGAGGAGAUUGUAUUAAUUGCUUAGUGCUGACAAAAUGAGACAUUACUAAUAGCAGAAAAAACUAUGGAAAUAAGUACUUUUUUAAUUGUCACCUAACCUGUCUGUUAGUUCCUAAAUUUCCAGUGCUGUAUAUCACUGUUAAUAAUUUCCUAGCCUCUUGCUUGCUAAUGAGGACUAUGCAGUGAAUUGUUCCCACGUUUUCUGUGGUUUUGUUCAUUUGAAUUGAAAGCAUCAUAAAUGAAUGCUUUAUCCAUCUAAACAAUUAUUGCCUGAGCUAGUCAUAGGUACCGUCCAUGUGUAGAACAUGAUUGUCAGGUUGUAAAAAAUAAGUCAUUACUUCAUUGCAGAAAAAAGGCCAAGUUAAUAACUUCAAAGGGAAAAUGGCAUGCAGGUUUUAUGAUGUUUACAGUCAUUGUUUGUUAGAAAACUCUCCUUAAUAAUUUGGAAGCAUACUGAGAGAAGUAAAAAAGAAAAAGUGAUAGACCUCAGUAGCAAACCUAGAAGGAUAAAAAGGCUACGGUAAAUUUUUGCAGUUCACUCAAUAUGCUGCUUAAGUGACUCUGGAAAUGUGUAUGCAGUAAGUUUCUGAAUAAAAGUCAACAUUAAUAAAGUAUAAAUUUGUUUUACUUGUUUAUGUGGUUUCUUCUUCUGGAAGAGAGUGAUACUUAGUUUAGAAAUUCUUUGUUUGGAGUUGUUUCACUUGCCUGCAAUUUCAUGCAUUGUCUUGCUGGUUCCCUUCUUGGUUCAGAUUUUUUCUGUUCUGUCCCUAAUCUUUGUUAAAUAUAAAAACCAAAAAAGUAAAUAAUACCAUUUACUGGAGAGCUGAUCACUUACAGCUCUGUAAUGGAAGCUGUAAUUUGCUGAAAGGAAUGGUAGUGUUCAAAUGGAUUGGAUAUUGGAAUACAAAGGUGUUAUUUUUUUAUCUCUGGAGUAGCCCUUUUGGAUGUUAUUAAACUAUUCUUCACAAACA